GAGCGGGAGCUAGUUUCCUGGUCUGCGUUGGAGCUACUCUCUCGCCAAGAGCUGGAGCGGUGCUGCUGCGUGCGUGCAGCCGCGGGAGAAGAGCGUGCAAGAGGUGAUGCUGACUGCUGCGUUGGUGCGCGCGAGAGGAGAUGGCUGACAGGCGUUGGUGAUGGCGCGGUGCUGCUGCGUCCAUGGAAGCAUGGCGUUGACUGGCGUUGCUGCUGUGUUGGAGGCGGUGCUGCUGUGUUGGAGGCGGUGCUGCUGUGUUGGAG